AUGAAGACAUUACCGUUAAACAAACCUAAAAACUUCAAGAAGAUGUCCAUAGGCUAUUGUUUGUUUAUGCAUAAGUUGGAACUUAAUUGUCGGAAAAAGGACUUAAUACGUCGAUACUCAUCUAAAAUCAAUCUCACCAACAGUCUAAUACGCAAAGCAAGGAAAAAUAUUAAAUAUUGCGCUCCAGGUGUCUUGAAAGCGAUGAACCGCGAAACACGUUUUAGAAAUAAAUUGAGGUAUAAACUGGAAUCGAAAAGAAUGAAGAAAUCCUUGAAGAAACAAAGAAGACUGACUAAACGAGAGGAGAAGACUACCGAGGAAAACAAAGACGAGCAAGCUGUUAAGAGCCAAACUCCCCACCGUAAUAUAAUAAUUUAA